GCAGGGAGGAGGUUCCCACUGUACACAGGAGAGACACUGAGAGGUUUGUCACAGUUCACACAACACCGAUACAGGGCGAGGACAGAAUGUGGACACUGGCUCUUCAGUCGCUUUUCAUCGGAUUAUACCUGCAGGUACCCACAUGCUACCCAUCAUGCACUUUGAACGGACUUGUGGCUGAUUGCGCCUCACGGCGGCACUACAGUGUUCCUGCUCUGCCUCCCAACAUCACCCACCUCUACCUGGAGAUGAACUACAUCAGUGAGAUCAACAGCAGCUCGCUCAGAAGCUAUGACCAGCUGCAGGAGUUAGAUCUCGGAAAGCAGAGUGUGCAGCUCGUCAUCAGGAACAACUCUUUCCUCAGGCAGAGGAGAUUGAAAAAGUUGGUGCUAGGCUUCAAUAUUGGCCUUCAGAUGGAGCCGGGGGCUUUCAAAGGACUGUUCAAUUUACAACACCUCUUCUUGGAUUACUGCGAUUUGGCAGACUCCAUACUAGCAGACAGCUAUCUGCAGCCGCUUUUGUCCCUGGAAACGCUCGACCUCUUUGCUAAUAAAAUAGUGAGAGUUCGACCCGGACUGUUCUUUUCAAGACUUUCAAAGUUCACACAGCUAAACCUCAAAUUGAAUCAGAUUGAACGAUUGUGUGAAGAUGAUCUUGUUGGUUUCCGGGGGAAAUACUUCAAACUCCUGAACUUGCAAUCCAAUAAGUUCUAUACCAGCUAUAGUGAAGGCUUUGACUGGGAGAGCUGCGGUAACCCUUUCAGAGGGAUGGGUUUUAUAACCCUUGACUUAUCCAGCAAUGGGUUUAGCAUGAACACAGCGAGGCAAUUUUUCAAAGCAAUAGAGGGUACUCCGAUUGGUCACCUUUUAUUCUCUGGAUACGUAGGCAAAGGCUUCUCAUAUGACAACCUUCCCGACCCAGAUAAAAGCACAUUCCAAGGCCUCGUGAACAGUUCAGUUACCAUUUUGGAUCUGUCUAAAAACCGUAUAUUUGCUUUGCAGGAGGCUUUUUUAAGUCCUCUAAAGGAUGUGAUCAUUAUUGACAUUUCCAUGAACAAAAUCAAUCAGAUUAACAGAAAUGCUUUCGCCGGUCUUCAAGGACAUUUACGAUUGCUCAACCUGUCAUCCAACCUCCUGGGGGAAAUAUACUCUCACACAUUCACCAAUCUGAUGGACCUUCGAGUGUUGGAUUUAUCCAACAACCACAUUGGUGCAUUAGGAGACAAAGCAUUCAGCGGUCUUCCAAAAUUACGAGCGUUAUAUCUGACUGGAAAUUCACUGCGAGACCUGGGUUCUCCGGCGCCAUUACCAAAUUUAGAGUAUCUAUUUUUGAGCGACAAUAAACUGAAAUCUUUAAGUAAAAUCGUUGCAUUGGGCAAAAACUGUAUCCACGUAGAUGUUGCAGACAACAGAUUAACUAACUUGGAGGACGUUUAUGAUAUUUUUACUAAUUUCAAUCAUCUGAAGAAUUUCUUGUAUGGGGGCAACUCCAUCAAGUGGUGCACACCGAGUCCGAAAGUUACUGUACCUCGUAGUAAUAGUUUGCAAGUGCUGGAUCUUCACGACAGUUCCCUGCAUACCAUUUGGGCGCAGGGGAAGUGCCUCGACCUUUUUGAUAAUCUAGAGAAUCUGCUCGGUCUUAAUUUAAGCCUGAACUCACUUGCGACUCUCCCACAAGGGAUUUUCCGCAGCCUAGGCUCGAUCAUAGAGAUCGACCUCUCGUCCAAUGCUUUAACCUAUCUGCAGCCGGACAUCUUUCCGAUCGGCCUGAAGAGACUCGACCUCUCAAACAACUUUUUAGCUUCCUCGGACCCGGCGAUUUUACAGUCUCUGAGCUUCCUCAGCCUGGCUGCGAAUCGGUUCCACUGCGAUUGCAGUCUGGAGAGCUUCGCGAAGUGGCUGAACACGACGAAUGUAACCUUCCUGAGCCCAAUUGAGGAGUACAGGUGUGAGUUCCCAGCCGCUCUCCAGAAUCUUCCUCUGCUGGAAUACUCCACGAUCGUCAAACCGUGUGAGGAAGACGACGAAAAGGCCGUCCAAGAUCUUAAAUUUGCUCUCUUCAUCUUGUCUGCUCUCCUCAUACUCGCCGUGGUCCUCAGCGGGAUCGUCUACGCCAGUCUCCGAGGGCGCAUAUUCAUCAUCUACAAAAAGAUCGUGGGUAGGGUUCUCAAGGGCCCGAAGCCUCCCAUGGACGAAGUGCAGCACGAUGCCUUCCUCUGUUUUAGCGACAACGACUAUGGCUGGGUGGAGGCUGCUCUGCUGAAGAAGCUGGAUAACCAGUUUUCGGAGGAGAACCUCUUCCGCUGCUGUUUCGAGGCCAGAGACUUCCUGCCAGGCGAGGAUCACCUUUCCAACAUCAGAGAUGCCAUCUGGGGCAGCAGGAAGACCGUGUGCGUUGUCUCCAAAGAGUUCCUUAGGGAUGGUUGGUGCCUGGAGGCGUUCACUUUGGCCCAGGGCCGGAUGCUGGAGGAGCUGACCAACGUACUGAUCAUGUUGGUGGUGGGGAAGGUGGCUCACUACCAGCUGAUGAAGUACAAGGCAGUCAGAGUUUUUGUCCAGAGAAGAGAGUACCUCACCUGGCCGGAGGACCCUCAGGACCUGGAGUGGUUUUAUGAGCGCCUCAUCUCACAGAUACUCAGAGACACCAAGGUGAAAGAGUUGGCAGAGGAGAAACCUGAGCCCGACAUCCGACCUCACAAUGAGGACGCUAUCCAGCUUGAGGACAUCAGAGCGAACGCCGUGUGAACUCCUGACUGUGUGUGGAAGAAAAGCGUUAACCAAGAUCACCUGUUGAAUCAGCACCAACAUCCAGCUCGCCGGAGUGUCCCCAGUGAGACAGCACUACGGGUAUCACCAACCUUCAGAGGAAGUAAAGGCAAAGACUGAGUCGUGCAGAACUUGUUUGGUCCUGAACAGUUUUGCCUUUUAAUUUUGAUGUAUUUAGGCAAUCUGUGGUAAGAUAUUAAAUAUAUAUACAGUAUAUACAGCGGGUAAAAUAAGUAUUGAACACGUCACCAUUUUUC